AUGGCAAGAGAAGUAAACAGUAAGGAUGACAUAUGUGGGUAUGGAUGCGGUUAUGAUUACAAAGCUGACGAUUACAAAUUGGUCAGGGUUGUGAUUGACUGGGAUUCAGAGUGUUCUCAUGUUGAUGUCUAUACAUCAGUAUCAAAUUCGUGGAAAAUCACUAAAAGCAUACCUUACCAUCUUGAUUAUCAAGGAGCAUUAUAUUUUGGCCUGCUCUUUAAUGGAGCUCUUCAUUGGCUUGCGCAUACCUUUGGAAAAGACUCCUAUAUACUGGUCUGUUUUGAUGUUGUCAGUGAAGGAUUCAAGGAGGUAGCAAUGCCAAUUUCACCUAUCCCGUAUCCAGAAGAAGAUAUGUUCCAUGUAAGUGUGGGAGAACUGGGAGAGUGUCCAUGUUUAGUUUUUCAUGUCCGGGUAGAUGUAUGGAUGAUGCAAGAGUAUGGAGUGGGAAAAUCUUGGACUAAAAGUUUCUCCAUUACCGAAGAGUGUAUUCCUUGA